CGUACGGGAUAACGCGCGGCUGGCACUGUGAAAUCGGCUAAGUCCGAAUCAAGGUCAAGCGCUCUGCGCGUAUGAAAGCAAGCGAACAGGCCACAGCCUGCUCAUUCGCGCUGCUGCUGCUGCACAGGCAACUGCAUUGAACGCUGCCACGAUGCCUUACUGAAGACAUUUGAUUGUGUCAGUCAUAAUAUUCUAUUAGGCGAACGCCAGUGACCAGUGUGCCGGCGGCUCCAACUGGACCGGGGAGCACGACAUGGAGCACCUGCCAUUCGACGUGCGCAUCGAGACGUACCUGGUGCCAGUGAUCUUCCUGCUCAUCUUCACGGCAGGCGUGCUGGGCAACGGCACGCUGGUGCUCAUCUUCAUACGGCACCGCAACAUGCGCAGCUCGCCCAACCUAUACAUCCUGUCGCUGGCGCUGGGUGACCUGCUCGUCAUCCUCAUCUGCGUGCCCUUCAUCUCCACCAUCUACACGGUGGAGUCGUGGCCGUACGGGAUGGUGAUCUGCAAGCUGGCGGAGACGGCGCGCGAGGUGUCGGUGUCGGUGUCGGUGUUCACGCUGACGGCGCUCAGCGUGGAGCGGUACUGCGCCAUCGCGGGCCCCGUGGCGGGCGCCUCGCGCCGCGUCGGCCCGCUGCUGCUGGCCGCCAUCUGGCUGCUGGCGGCCGCCGCCGCCGUGCCCACCGCCCUCUACACACAGGUCACCGAGGAGGCCAUCAACGAGUGCGAGGCGGGCGCCCUGCGCAGGAUACAAGUCUGCUACCCUUUCCCCAAGGAGCUCGCAGCCCCUGUCGUCACCGCACGUGUGCAGUUAGAUAACCGGCCAGUGCUUCGGCCUGCCGCCUCUUGUGACACCUCCUGCUGUGCGGGCGGCAGGUUCGCGGUGCACUACGCGCUGCCGCUGGUGCUGAUCUCCAUCUUCUACUCGCUGAUGGCGGUGCGGCUGCGGCGCGGGCUGCCGGGCGAGGCGCCCCAGAGGCACAUCCGCUCGCAGCGGCAGCGCGUCGCCAGGACGCUGCUCACCUUCGUCGGCGUCUUCUUCAUCUGUUUCCUGCCGCAGCACGUCUUCUCUCUCUGGUUCUACUGGGCGUCGUCGAGCGUGCAGGAGUACAACGACUGGUGGCACGCGCUGCGCAUCCUGGGCUUCUGCCUGUCGUUCGCCAACUCGUGCGCCAACCCGGUGGCGUUGUACUGCGUGUCGUGCACCUUCCGGAAGCACUUCGACCGCUACCUGCUGUGCUGGUGCCGGCGGGGCGCGCGGCCCGACACCGUGGUGGCCGGCAGCCGCACCGACUCCCGCAAGCAGUCCACCUCGCAGACGCUCGCCACCUUCCAGCCGCGCUCCAGGAGGAGCAUCUUCAGCAACAUCACCAUGAGGGACGGGUCUACAAAGACCACAGUGGUGGAAACGUGACCCUUGGCCGCCCACACGGCGGUGUAACAGGCCACAGCUGCAUAACCGCCGCCUCACGAGAGACCAGCACGCGCUUACGGCCGACUGGAGGUGUUCCCACUUCUCCAUCGGGACAUCUCUUGGCUAAUAGUCGGACUCCUUCCCGUUUCUCUGUGUCUGCUCCAUGUCGAUGUAUCCCACCGCUGCGCCUGUAAACGGCGACAUGUAACCUGCAGUGUGACUGUUCACGAUUGAACGUUGGUAGAGAACGCAGUUUAUAAGGAUAACAUUUUGAACAGCAUUUUAGAACUACCCACAGAUUAUCACAGUUCACGUACACGAUAAUGCCCUGACACAAAAGAAGGUGCAAGAACGUUUGACGUGAUUUUGUCUGGCUAUCACUGUGCAUUCUCUUCUAACUAAAUGGGCCUCAUAGCUGUAGACAGCAUCGCAGCUAAUGAGAAGCUAGACAUAUCUCAGUUCUCAGCGUACAAUUAGGUAUCGUACUUGUUUGCGCGGUUAGCAUGGGAACCGAUUAGUCAUCAGUCCCUCCACUAAAGUGUUCUCUCUACCCAUCACAGUCUACCAACAACUGAAACUUUUAUAUGUCACUUCGGUUCUUUUGUAAGCUUUUAGCUGUAGUACCACCUAUGACGCAAAUAUUAUGCAGCGUUAUGCACCCAUUAUGCGACAUUUCUCUUCUACCUCG